AUGCCGUUGUGGAAACAAACCAACUGUGAGGUGGAAACAAUGAAUGUGAGGGAAGUAGUAGGAACCGUGCACUUAGGUUACGUAUCCCAGAUGCUUUUGCUCGUGGCCACCGUCGCAACGAUUGUAGUGAGAAGUGGAGCCGCUCCCAUUGAACUGAAGCGCCAUGUGACCACCGUCGCUGGCAAGUACGGUCAUAUUGGUGAUAAGGACGGGUUCCCUGGCAUGUCGGAAUUAUCGUCACCCCACGCUAUGUGCAGAGGCAGGAAUAGUGACGAGAUCCUUUUGGGGACAGUUGACCGCUUCCGUGCCUUCUCGCGCAAGAACCGUGAGACCACUACAAUCACGGCAUGGGAGACAGACGAGGAUCAGAAAAGCGGGUCGCGUAGUGUCAAAGUUGACAAACCGCGCGCCUGCGUGCAGUGGACAGUUGGUGGCUCCACAUUUGUUUACUUUGUUGAGAGUAUGGGUGAGGUGAAGUAUUUCAAGGACAGCGGUGUCUUCUCUCAUGACGUAGUCCGCAAUGGCUCGCUGACAGGCGUAGCUUUGUACGGGAACCACCUGUAUCUGACAGAGCAAAACACAAAUACUGUAUGGACGUGUGAAGUGGGAAGCGACGGUGACCCAAUCGCAUGUCACAGCCACGUGGCUCUGAGUGCAAACUGCAGUAUCUAUGGUCCCAUCGGCAUUGCCGCCACGCAGCAGGGCAUCUUUGUUGUUGCUCGCGGCCCCGCGAAGCAGGGCACCAUCUGCUGGUUCGACCUGCAGGGCCACAAGAUCGCAGAGGUGGAUGGUGAAUAUGUGGACAUUACCAGCACACGGUCUGGUGAUCUACUCGCGGCAACACAAAAUGAGUUACACCGCGUUUCGACCGACGGUAAUAAACUUACGACGAAACGAUUCGCCGGAGGAAGCACGAACUCGUGUCUUCCCAAUACUGAGGGAGAUGACACGCUUCUUUGUGAGAUAACCCGAUUGCUCGUGGUGACGGAGUACGAAAUGUAUGUUACAUCGGAAAAGAAAAGUGUCCUGCGUUCUGUGACACUUCCACCAGUGUACGUGCAGGGUCUCUUCCCCGGGCGCCCGUUACCAGUUGGAUACCCUGAUAAAGACAUCAUGGAGUGGAUUGUGGGGAACCUCACUGAGGACAUCAACACUGCGCUCGGCACCACCGAAAGUAUUGUUGCCUCUUCUUCCGUACAUGUGGACUCCACAACAUGGCUAACGAAUUUCACCGCCGGUGUGCAACAGCCGGACUUUGAUGACGAGAAAACCGAACAGGCCUUGCACGAGAGUAACUAUGAACACACAAAGGAGGCUGCGGAUGAGUACUACAACCUUACUGACGAACAGGUGUACAUGGACAGCACAAUGGUCCCAUAUUGCAAUCGCCUGAGUCUUGAUGCUCUCCGUCGGAAGCUCGCAAAGGAGGCGGGUGAGGUACUCAAUUUCACGCUCAUCUACGCGGACAUGCCCCUUAAGGCUGAGAGCAGUGACGCUGAAAAUAUCACAACAGUGAAGCUACUGAUGCCAGCCUCGUUCAACAACACCGUGACCCACGACUUGCUGUCAGAUGCGAACCUCACUGAGACUGCCCACUCAUUCAUCAAAUACUUGCGGAGCUCGGACACUCACGUCGAUGUAACCUUCUCCAAUCCCCCGUUCAACUUCUCAUCACUGACUCCGGAUGAGGAACAGGAAGUACGCUGGUACAUACACGACGAGGUGAUGAAUCAAAUAAAGAAAUGUGAAGAACGUAGCACCGGGAGAAGCAUGGCACGUAGGGAAGAGGUUGGUGACCAUAGCCGAACCACCAUUGCCACGGCACUUGAUAGCAAUGUAACUGGAGUAUGCCAGUCCACGAUAACGAACCGCACGGUAUCGCUUUUUUACCAGCCACCCUACGUUGAGAUGAGUCUGUACGAAGUAUUCAUUCCUGGAAACUAUACGUUCGAUGUGUCGGAAUGCGUCGGUGAGAUUGACUGGCAAGACUUGAACGACCACCUGAACAACGAUACCGUCAGACCCACCACAGAGAAGGCGCCAAAGUGCGGUCGCGUGUGCCUAAUCAUAAUCGCGGUAGUGUGUGCACUUAUCGUAGCCGUCCUCAUCGUGUUAGCUGUCGUGUUCACAUCGAAACGCAGACGCCUUGCCGCCGUAGUCGCACCCGCUCGUCCGAAAUUCGUGAGUACACUGGAUGAGGAUGAGCAAGAUUACGCAUCUGCCUACGGCAACAAAGAAAGGGUCGAGCAGUGA